CUCAUGAACAUAACAAGUUAGAACCUAGAGCUCGAUUAUGCUGUUUUUUGGGUUAUGGGAUUACACAAAAAGGAUAUCGUUGUUGGGAUCCUGUGUCACAAAAACUCCAAGUUUCACGUCAUGGUGUCUUUUGGGAACACACUAUGUUCUCAUCAUUGUCAAACUUCAAAGUGUCAUCCUCUCAUCAACCUCCAUUUUUUACUAAUCCUUCUAUUGAGCUAUUUCCUAGUGAUUCUAAUGCAGGUACAUCUGAUAAGCUCUACAAUGCCUCACCACAUGCUCCAACCAGUUCUGUAGAAGAUGAUCUGCCUGCUGGUAAUGCAUUAGAUAAUUUUGAGCCUUCUUCUACUUCCUCAUCUACAAAUAAGCUUGUUGUCCCAUCCUCGAGUCAUCCUACUUGGGUAAGAAAGCCUCCAAACUACCUUCGUGAUUAUCAUUGUUUUCCUGCUAUUACUUCGUUACAUGAGCCUCAAUCCUAUCAAGAGGCAUCUUCUAACCCUCUUUGGCAACAAGCUAUGCAAGAUGAAUUACAAGCUCUUGAGAACACUCGUACAUGGGAUUUAGUUGAUCUCACUGCUGAAAAAUCUCUAAUAGGCUAUAAAUGGGUGUACAAGAUCAAAACGCGAUCUGAUGGUUCUGUGGAGCGUUAUAAGGCACGCUUGGUUGCCAAGGAUUUUACACAAGAGUAUGGAAUUGACUAUGAAGAGACAUUUGCUCUAGUUGCUCGUCUUACAUCUGUGCGCAGUUUGCUUGCUAUCGCUGCUAUAUGGAGAUGGAAAUUGUUUCAGAUGGAUGUGAAAAAUGCUUUUCUUAAUGGUGACCUAGAAGAAGAAGUUUAUAUGAAACCAUCUCCUGGGCUCCACCGUCCUCCAAACAAGGUAUGUCGAUUGCGUCGUGCAUUAUACGGGUUGAAGCAAUCCCUUCGAGAUUGGUAUGCAAAGUUUAGUGCUACUGUGAGUGAGUUUGGUUUUACUUCCAGUCCACAUGAUACAGCUUUGUUUAUUUGUAAGACUGCUUGGGGUAUGGUUCUUUUACUUCUUUAUGUUGAUGACAUGAUUAUUACUGAAGAUGAUGUCGCAUGUGUUGAGGAGUUAAAACAAUCUCUCAGUCAGAAAUUUGAGAUGAAAGAUGUUGGUGUUCUGAGCUACUUUUUGGGCUUGAAGUGACCUUUUCAGAUGAUGGCUACCUGCUUUCUCAAGUAAAGUAUGCCUCCGAUCUUGUUUCUAAAGCU